AGACGUUUUCACGUGAAGAACGUACAUUUUCUGCGUUGUUUCAAAGAGAAUUCCUCAAUAUUAGGUGAAUCCAUCACUAAAAAAAUGUUAGAAUUCGAUGAAAAUAUUGUGAAACUACAAUGUUAAGGCGGUAUAUUCCUUUGUUAUCUUAUAAAGCUCAAGCUCAAAGACGCUAUUACAAAAUGACUACUGCCAAUACAAAACCCUUCACGGUGUUCGUGGAAGGUAAUAUUGGUAGUGGUAAAACGACAUUUCUGGAACAUUUUCGCCAGUUUGAAGAUAUAACGCUUUUGACCGAGCCAGUGGAGGAAUGGCGCAAUCUCCGAGGAUGGAACCUAUUGGAUCUCAUGUACAAAGACCCCACAAAAUGGGCAAUGGCUUUUCAAGCCUAUGUGUCCCUGACCAUGUUGGACAUGCACCGAAGACCUACAGCGACCCCAGUGAAGCUCAUGGAGCGGUCACUGUACAGUGCAAGGUACUGCUUUGUGGAGCACAUGCACAGAAGUGGCACUCUACACCCGGCCCAGUUCUCGGUGCUGGACGAGUGGUUCAGGUUUAUUCAUAAUGAGAUCCCUAUUCAAGCUGAUCUAAUCGUCUACCUCAAAACAAACCCAGUGAUUGCCCAUGAGAGGAUAAAGAAGCGUGCUCGCUCCGAGGAGCAGUGUGUCCCGCUGUCAUAUUUAGAAGAGCUCCACACCCUGCAUGAAGACUGGCUGGUUAACAGGACUCAUGCUGAGUGCCCUGCCCCAGUCCUGGUAAUAGAUGCAGACUUAGACUUAUCUCAAAUAACCGAGGAAUACAAGAGAUCCGAACACCAAAUCUUGAGGAAGGCCGUGGAUGUAGUGAUGCGGUCUCCGAACAAGCUCAGCCCUAAGAAACCUAUCACUAGCUCGCCUAUCAAGAUUGUUCCACAAAUUAGACUGUAACAUAGACUUAACCUUGUUAAGGUUGCUUUAAUUUUUAUAAUUUAGAUUUUAAUUGUGUGUUUUUGAUUUUACCUAAGUUCUUUGGUAAAAAAAUAGUUUUAUCUAUUUAAGGCACUGACUUUACCCUGUUGCGGCUAAUUUCACAUUUGAGAAAGAUCCCAAAAGGUAUCUUUUAUUUAAACAUUCGUAAUAAAAUUGUGUUUGUAGAUAUUAAGAGCAUUGCAGCAUUCAAGCCUCUUUAAGCAGUUUAAUUUA